CGCAGCUCACGAAGUGAACGCCUCACCCACGCCUCCCCCCCCUCCCAACCCAUCUGCCGCUCUAUAAAUUGUUUGCCUCCCCCCCCGUUUCACUUGUUGAGACACAGCUCGGCCACUUUUCGGAGUCUGCCGUAGAUCACGGCUCUCCUGCAGAUCCCGGACGCGCUCAUCUCUCUGCAGCCCGGAGCGUGCCUCGGCCCGUGGCAGUCAUAGUUUAGUGGUGUUUAUCCCAGCUCCGCGUGAGACGGCGGGACACUGAGCAGCUCCUCUCCUCCUGCUCCUGUGGAUCAGAGCAGGCUGCUGACUGAGGGGCGCUUUGGGGGCGCAGGAGGAGGACUGCGCUGCGACUUUCCUUCAGAGACUCAAAUACAGGCGCAAUGCAGGCAGACAAGAAGGAAGUGGACGGCGAUGUGCUGCCCGAUGCCAACGGCAAAGAUCCGAACCCAGGUGGACAGGCAGAGGGCUCAAAGUGGCAGAAACCACGGCUCUCGCGGAAAUCGCUGAUGAAGUGCUGUCUUGUCAAGUGGAUAAUCGCCAGCACGACACAACAGGGGCCAGACACCAUCGACAGUGACCUGGAACUCUCCAUGGUGCGUCACCAACCAGAAGGCCUCGAGCAGCUCCAAGCCCAAACCCAGUUCACCAGGAAAGAGCUGCAGUCCCUUUACAGAGGCUUCAAAAAUGAAUGUCCCAGUGGCUUGGUGGACGAAGAAACAUUCAAAACAAUCUACUCACAGUUUUUCCCUCAAGGAGAUGCAACUACAUACGCACAUUUCUUAUUCAAUGCGUUUGACAUGGACAGAAGUGGUUCCAUCCGAUUUGAGGACUUUGUGUUAGGUUUGUCCGUCUUGCUCAGAGGUUCUGUGACCGAGAAACUUCGCUGGGCUUUCAACCUGUAUGACAUAAACAAGGACGGCUACAUCACAAAGGAGGAAAUGCUGGCAAUAAUGACCUCCAUUUAUGACAUGAUGGGCAGGUAUACUUCACCCAGCUUACGAGAUGAUUCUCCCUUUGAUCAUGUGGAGAAGUUUUUCCAGAAAAUGGAUCGAAACAGGGAUGGAGUUGUGACGAUAGAUGAAUUCAUAGAGACCUGCCAAAAGGAUGAAAAUAUAAUGGCUUCUAUGCAGCUCUUUGAGAAUGUAAUUUAAUUUCUGCUGAGAAAUGUGGACCAGUAAUGCUGCCCAGAGUUUCCACCCACAAUCUUCAGAGCAUCUGCAAUGUCAUUCAUCCUCAAAAAGAGAUGCUGGACACAAAUAAUAAAAAAUGGCACAUAAUCCUGCAUUUCCAGACAGCCUGCUCCAUGAGGAGAAAUUUAGGAUCCACCUCAUCACUUGAAAAGGAUUUUUUUUCUUUUUGCAUGAAUGUUUUACUUUUUUUCUGGGAAACCUGAAAAAAAAGAUCAGUUCCAGAUUAGCAUGUGAUUGUGUGAGUGUUUCUCUGACGUUAAAAAGCAUGUGAUGUGAACCACUUUGACACACAAAAAACUGUUUUUUGUGGUUAGCUUAUUAAAGUUGGGGAAGUGAGAAUACUUGUUACUCUCUCAUGCUGUGAUGAAAAUAAUUUGGUCCUUACUUUUUAAUGUUUGUGUAAACUUAGCACCCCCUUAUUAUUGUGCUGCAUCCCUGAAGUUAUGUUUUAAAGAGAUUUGUGUACAUAUCUUUAUUCUGAUUGUAUUCUGGAUGAUAUCCACUGUGGGAUGUCAGAUGAUACAUUAAAUAUGUGAUGAAUAUGAUAUCUUCCCUAUGCAAAUUGUGAUAUCUAGCAUUUAAAUUUGAUCAUAUCAAACUUCUUGUAUUGUAGUUUAUGAUUGUGCAACUGUGAAGAUGCAAAAGCAAUAAAAGUUUUAAGCAACUUGCU